GCCAGAAGGGCAGGGGGAGGGGGACUCUUUUUUCCCAGCGCGCCCCGCGCGGAGGCGCCGCGGAGUGCUGCGUCACGGGCCCUGCCGGGCCGGGUCAUUCCCUGCGUGGCCGCCGCGCGUGAGGAUCGUGCCCGCGUCUGCGCCUACCGACCAUGGCCUCCGCCGCCGCCCUGCCGCCUCCGGCCGCCGCUGCCGCCGCGCCCGCAGCCCCGGCCCUCGCCCCGGCCCCGCCGCCGGCUCCCGCCCCGGGCAUCCUCAUCGGCGACCGGCUGUACUCGGAGGUGUCGCUCACCAUCGACCACUCGCUGAUCCCCGAGGAGCGCCUGUCGCCCACGCCCUCCAUGCAGGACGGGCUGGACCUGCAGUGCGAGACAGACCUGCGCAUCCUGGGCUGCGAGCUCAUCCAGGCGGCCGGCAUCCUGCUCCGCCUGCCGCAGGUGGCGAUGGCGACGGGGCAGGUGCUGUUCCACCGCUUCUUCUACUCCAAGUCCUUCGUCAAGCAUAGCUUUGAGAUUGUAGCCAUGGCCUGCAUCAACCUGGCGUCCAAGAUCGAGGAGGCGCCGCGCCGCAUCCGUGAUGUGAUCAACGUCUUCCACUACCUGCGCCAGCUCAGAGCCAAGAGGACUCCAAGCCCCCUGAUACUUGAUCAGAACUACAUAAACACCAAAAAUCAAGUAAUCAAAGCAGAAAGAAGGGUACUGAAGGAAUUGGGAUUUUGUGUUCAUGUCAAGCAUCCACAUAAGAUCAUUGUUAUGUAUUUACAAGUCUUAGAAUGUGAACGUAAUCAAACCCUCGUUCAGACUGCCUGGGUAGUCCAUGAUGGUAAGUCAUAGAACUCUGCCCUCUGAACCACAGCUCAUGACCUGGGGAUGGCCUGAUAGGCUGCCCUUCUCUCCAGCCAAUCCAGUGCAAGCUCUCAUCCGAGAUUCACUGAAGUGGUCCAUAUCCAUCUGGCAGCAUCUUCUAGUUCUGUCUGGGUGUCAAAAGGAUUUGUAUAUUUACUUUUAGAAGUAACCAUUCAACAUGUUUCUAAUGUGUAUUUAUUGCAUACCUACUGUAUACUAUAGUGUAUUUAAAGGACACAUGGACAAAUUUUGGGUAUACUGCUUCCUGCCAACGAGAAUCCCAUCAACUUUUAUUUUUGACUGAAUUUGGGUUACGAAAUUAAAGUGCAUGCAGCAUGCUCACUUACUGAUGCUAGUAUUUUGGAUCUAUUUAUUGGGCACCAUUUUAUUUGUAGCAAGUACUCACCUAGUGAUUAUUGGUUGUGCUGUUAACUUCUGUAGUACUUCAGGUGUUAAAUACUUAGAGUUGUAUCUGCAGUUCAAAAGUAGUUAUUAACACGUACGGCUUGGCAAUAAUAGCUUUUCUAGAAGGAAAACUGCUUUUAAAAUUGGUGCUUGAGAAAUUGAUUGUGCAACUGGUUAGCUUUCCCCCCUUCCAGCACAAAAGGUUACAUGAUAGUUGGAUUACUUAUUGCUGGAUAAAAAUAAAUAUUGCUGAAUAUAAAGCAUAUCUAGUGUAUUCACACUUGAACAUUUGCUCAAUCUUAGCCAUAAUGUCCUUAGCUACCUGAAAAUGCUGGCCGCAAGUGUAUUGGAGUUUCUAAUAGAUGGAAAACACUCUUGAAUGAAGGGGUUUUGGUGCUUAAAAGAGAACAAACACUUGACUGACAUAGCUGGACAGAAACUUUUUGUUGUUCUUUGCCUAGAUUCUCCCUCCCCCCCCCUGUAUUUUAAGCUUCGAUUGGACUCUUCAUUGCACAGCUGAACAUAUUUAAUUAAUUAAUCAGAACUCUGGUGCUUGCAAAAAUUCCUCACGUUUUGAAAGAAGUUUCAGAAAGAAUUCUAAAGUGAAAGGUAGCUCUUGCAUUGACAUGUCAGAGCAAAGACAGCAGGCCAUAUUUUGACAUUUAUACAAGUAAAGUAACAAUUUUAAUUCUUAAAAAUGACAACUGUAGAAUUACUGCAGUCUGGAACAACAAAGUAUUGGAUAUAUUUUACUUAAAGAAAAAAUAAUAAAGUAGAUUGAGUCUCCAAUUUUGUGCCUUAUUUUAAAGUGCUAUGUAAAUGUGAGACCCAGCUUAUAACUGUAAUUUUUUUUCCCCCCUCCCAGGAAUUACAUGAAUGACAGCCUUAGAACCAAUGUCUUUGUUCGCUUUCAACCUGAGACAAUAGCAUGUGCUUGUAUUUAUCUUGCUGCGCGAGC